AUGGAUCUCGCAGAGACGCAACGUCUCCUGUCGGAGUACCUGCAUGAACUCGCGACCCUUUUCCACCAAAUACCUGGCUCAGCUAUCUUCCUGCGCUACGUCAAAUCAAGCUACCAAGAUGAUCCAAUUCGAUCCGCUGUGGAACUUUUCCUCUUCCUAUUCGCUGUGCGAUAUCUGUUGGCCCCAAAAUACUCGACCAAGCCCGGCGUGGUGCCACUCACGGAGGAUGAGAUCGACGACCUGGUGGACGAGUGGACUCCCGAGCCGCUUGUCGGAGAGCCCACAUCUCUGGAGGAGAUGGAAGUUGCUAAGCGCACUGUGAUUGUUGGUCCUGUCGGUCCCAAGUCCAAGCUUGCCAAUGGUCGUACCGUUACGAACCUCAGCUCUUACAACUUCUAUAACUUCAAUACCAACGAGGCUCUCAAGGAGAAGGCGAUUCAGACUCUUCGAAACUACGGUGUUGGCCCCUGUGGUCCCCGAGGAUUUUACGGUACCCAAGAUGUCCACUUGAAGACCGAGGCCGAUAUUGCGUCGUUCCUAGGAACCGCAGCUUGUAUUAUGUACUCUCAGGCAUUCUCGACCAUCUCUAGUGUCAUUCCUGCCUUUUCGAAGCGCGGUGACAUUAUCGUGGCAGACAAGGGUGUCAGCUUCGCGAUUCGGAAGGGUAUUCAGAUCUCGCGGAGUAUUGUGCGGUGGUAUGAUCACAAUGAUAUGGAGGAUUUGGAGCGCGUUCUCGCCAAGGUCACCAAGGAGCAGGCCCGGAAACCAUUGACUCGGCGAUUCAUCAUCACCGAGGGCAUGUUUGAGUCUUACGGCGACAUUGUGAAUCUUCCCAAGAUUAUCGAGUUAAGGCUCAAGUACAAGUUCCGCCUGAUUCUUGACGAGACAUGGUCCUUCGGAGUCCUGGGCCGUACUGGUCGUGGCGUGACUGAGCACCAAAACGUUGACGCUGCGGAGGUUGACAUGAUUGUGGGAUCGUUGGCUGGUUGCCUCGUGGGAGGCGGAGGCUUCUGUGCUGGAUCAGAGGAGAUCGUCCACCACCAGCGCAUUUCCGCUUCGGCGUACACUUUUUCUGCGGCGCUUCCGGCUCUCCUUUCCACCACUGCCAGUGAGACUAUCAACCUUCUUCAGAACAGCCCGGAGACGGUAUCGCAGCUUCGUGAGCAUACCAAAGCUAUGCGAGCUCAACUUGACCCCCGCAGCGACUGGGUCUACUGUUCUAGCUCACCCGAGAACCCGGUCCUCAUUUUGGUUAUCAAGCCUGAGGUCGUUGCCUCUAAGAAGCUUACUUAUAUUGACCAGCAGUUCCUGCUUCAAGAUAUCGUUGAUGAGUGCCUCGCUAACGGUGUCCUCAUCACCCGCCUCAAGACUCUUGAGGAUAAUUUUGAGCCUGCUCAGAUUGUUCCCGCAGCGCUGAAGGUUUGCGUCACCAUCGGCCUCACCAAGAAAGAGAUCGAAAAGGCCGGCACCAUCGUCCGACAUGCUAUCACAAAGGUGAUGAGCAGAAAGAAGUAG